AUGUUGGCUUAAAAUCUAAUGAAGCAGAUUAUGUUGCUUGGCUGAAAAAUACCGAAAAACUGGAUGCUGAACAAUUAUUAAAUUAUGAAAAUGCGGAAGAUCAGGGAGUAGAAAAAGAAGAAGUAAGAGGAGUUAUCAGAAUAUUGUCUAACGAAAGUCUACUCAAAGAAGAACAAUUUAGCGAAUUACAAGACUUUUUAAAUAAGUUUCCAAGCAAUAACCUUAAACUUAAUAACUUAGUUAGUGCCUGGGAAAAGAUAACUAGUAAAGAAAUUAACAAGAAAUAUUUAUCGGCUCUUUCGGCAGAAAAAGGUUCAAAAACUACUUCCACGGCUCCUAAUAUUACUUCCUUAGAAGAAAAAUAUGAAAGAUUAGCCGAUGCUUACGAGAGUAUGAGGAAUUUAUUAGAAAAAGGUGGAGGCGCCGAAGAAGCGGAAAGGCUGAAAAAGAAAAAGGCUCGCGAAGAAGCCAAAAAGAAAUUGGAUGAGGCUGAGUUUGCUCGUCGGCAAAGUAAUUUAUCCGAAAAAGAUAAGAAAUUAGCGGAAGAAGCCGAGAAAAGACAGAAAGAAAAAGAGCUAGCUGAGCAAGAAGCUGAAGCUGCUCGCAAAAGACAAGAAGAACGAGAUAAAAAUAUCUCUGAGGAUAGAAAAACACUUUUGGAUAAUGAGGCUAAGCGAUUAGAAGCAGAAAAGAAACGAGCCGAGGAAGAAUUAAAGUUCAAAGAAGAGCAAAUGAGAGCGGAAAAGGAGAAAAAAGAGCAGGAAAUCGAAGCAUUAAGAAAAAAGAAUGAGCAAGAAGAAAAAGAAUUGGCUCAAAAAAAAGAACUAAUGGAACAAGAAUUAGCCAAGGAAUUGGAGGCAAUUAAUAUUGCCGACCGGGAAGGAAGACAGCGAAUUGAAGAAAAGUUUAGAAAGAGGCAAAAUGAAAUCAAAAAAGAAAUGGAUGCCUUAAAAAGAAAAAAUGAUGAUGAGUUGAAAGAAAAAGAAGCAGCCGCAAUUAAAGAAAGACAAGAAAAUGAACUUAAACUACAAAAACUUAGGGAAGAAGUUCGGAUUCAAAACGAACAGGCUCAACGAGCUAAGGAAGCGGCUGACCAGCAAGAAAGAUUACUGAGAGACGAGCGAGAUAAAAGAGUAGCAUUGGAUAAACUCCGAAAAGAAUUAUACGAUGCGGUUAUGGAUUAUGUUUUCACCGAAAAUGAAGGAAAUAAAGGAACCCGUAAUCCCACAAAAGGUUAUGGACAUUUACGAACUUUUUUAGAUGACAGUCCCAGCAUGGAAUUUAACCUUGAUUUUGGCGAUUUAGUCGAAGUUAAUAAGACCAAUUCUACCUACCGAAAAGCCAUUCAAAUUUUCCGGAAAGUAGUAGGGAAUGGAUUCGUUACCAAAGGGGAAUUACGGAACUUAAUUGAAAGUAAAGUCCAAAGUUUAGAUUUCUUGCGUUAA